AACAUCCUAGGGUCAGUUCUGGAGACAUACCUUGACAGCCUCUAUUUUUAGGACUGAAAUACUACACCGCGGUACCUACCUCCACCAAGUAAGGCAACUCAACGUCGAAGUCGAUCCAAAGCUCGGCCUAACAGAGAUCAUCACCCGGGGUCAACAGUAAUGCGGGUGAAUGACGGAGUAAGCGUUCAAGGCGACGACCUUGGAGAGUCUUCACCCGGUGCCAGGUCGCUCCAAGUAUAAAGCCAUCAGAUGCAUCACGGUUGCUGGUCUCGGUCCUUUGCUCUACCAUCAGCCGAUCAAUUCACUCGUCCGCACUGAGUUUCGAUUGAAGCAUUUCCUACGCUCGAAUCCAGCUCGCUUCCAUCCCUCCACCAUCACCAUGCAGCUCACCAACAUGUUCUUGACUCUGGCGGCGGCCGUCUCCAUGGUCGCCGCGUAUCCAAUCACGGGAGACGUCGUCAACUGCCGCGACGGCCCCGGAACCAGCCACAAGGUCAUCAAGACGUACAAGCAGGGCACCGACGUCAAGAUCACAUGCCAAACCUAUGGCGAGAACAUCAGCGGCAACUCGAUCUGGGACAAGACAUCCGACAACUGCUACGUCUCGGACUAUUACGUGAAGACGGGUUCCAACAGCAUGGUGACCAAGGAGUGCUCGAGCGGCGGCGGCGGAUCAGGCGGCACCUCAGAGUACAAUGGCAAGAUCAGCCGGGCCGAGAUCAUCUCGCGCGGGCAGUACUGGGUCAACCGCAAGGUGCCCUACUCGAUGAGCGGCUACUACCCUGACCCGCAGGGGCGCAAGUACCGCACCGACUGCUCCGGGUUCGUCUCGAUGGCGCUGCACGCCACCGCGCCGGGCUACAACACGGUCAGCCUGCCCCAGAUCGCCAAGGCCAUCGAGUGGAAGGACCUUAAGCCUGGCGACUUUGUGGGCACCCUGGGAGCCGGCACGGGCGGCGCCGCGGGCCACGUCACCCUCUUCCUCUCGUGGGCCGACUCGGGCAAGACUGCGUACAACACGCUCGAGUGCAAGGGCGGCGACGGCUGCGUCAAGUACAAGCGCAAGGUCGGCUGGAAGGUCGGCAGCUACACCGCCAAGCCUUACCGCUACAUCCGCGUUACCGACUAAUUUUGGGGAGGUUUAUUGGUUGGGAUGGACCCCUUCAUGAGUACAUACAUGCAUGAUUAGCUGUACAUAGAGAUCAUAGAAUUUCUUGUCUUGGGUGCUGCCACGGUGACAGGGGAGGGCAGCGAAGGCUCGGGGUUUGUCGCUUAUGGAGUCUUCGUCGGUUCAUUCUUUUCGGGGAUUGGGGCUGUAUUUUAUGACUAGAAUUCAGACUUGGUUCAUUCUUGAAAAAGAUCGAGAAAUAUGCGAACUUUGCAUCUGGACGCGACUGCUCGCUUUUUG